AUACAUAGCUUUUAAAUGUUGGCAUUUGUGGGUUUUUUUCUUUAAAAAAGAGAAUUCCCCCACCAUUUGUUGUCCAAUUUUCUUAACAAUUCCAAUCUAUCGUCGCAUAAACAAAGGAAAAUAAUUCUGGGUUUUUGUUAGAAUCUCCAAAUCUUUCCGUCAUUGAAAAAAAAUCGGGGAAAAUGUGUCCUAUGAGAUUGUUGCUGGUGUUUUUCUCAGCGAUUUUAGCUGGCUAUUUCGCAUGGAGAACGACGGUAGGUUCAACGGCUGAUGUCGACGACGAUAAUUCUGAAGAUUCCGGGAAAAUUAUUGCCAAAAACAAACGAGAUUUCAGUUUCAAAACGAUGAUUAACAAUGGAUUCUGGGUAUUUGUGGACAUGGCUAGUGGGAGGUAUUUGUGGAGGAAUUUGAAUGAAUUGAAUAAUGAUGGGAAAAUCAAGAGCUCUUAACAGUUUUUGAUCCUAUAGUAGAAGAAUGCAACACUUGCUUUCUUCUUCAUCUUCUUCUU